GGCCGCCGGCACCCGGAGCUCCUGGGCACACUGCAUUGGCAGGGACGGCUUCGGCAGAGUGAUGACUGAUGAUGAGAUCGAGAGCGUCCUCUCCGACUCCCAUGAAGGGUCGGAGCAGGAGCUGCCUGUUAUCCAGCUGUGCGGGCUGGUGGAGGAGCUCAGCUAUGUAAACUCUGCUCUCAAAACUGAGACUGAGAUGUUUGAGAAAUAUUACGCUAAACUGGAGCCCAGGGAUCAGCGACCUUCACGAUUAUCAGAAAUUAAAAUGUCAGCAGCAGAUUAUGCACAGUUUCGAGGCAGGCGUAGAUCCAAAUCCCGGACAGGUAUGGACCGUGGGGUGGGCCUGACUGUCGACCAAAAACUUGAGCUGGUACAAAAGGAGCUGGAAGACACGAAGGAUGACUUACGGCACAUGAGGGCAAAUGCAGAACGCGACAUGCAGCAUCACGAGGCGAUCAUUGAGGAGGCUGAAAUUCGAUGGAAUGAAGUUGCGAGAGCAGUGCAUGAGUUUGAAAAAGAUAUUCUAAAAGCCAUAUCCAAGAAGAAAGGGAGUAUUUUGGCCACUCAGAAAGUGAUGAAAUACAUAGAGGACGUGAACCGCCGGAGGGAUAAUAUGAAGGAGAAAUUACGUUUGAAAAAUGUUUCUCUCAAAGUUCAGAGGAAAAAAAUGCUUUCACAAUUGAGGCAGAAAGAAGAGGUGGGUGAGGCCCUUCAUGAUGUUGAUUUUCAGCAGUUGAAGAUAGAGAAUGCUCAAUUUCUCGAAACAAUUGAAGCAAGGAAUCAAGAACUGACUCAGCUAAAGCUGUCAUCUGGAAACACUCUGCAGGUCCUCAAUGCCUACAAAAGCAAGCUUCACAAGGCGAUGGAAAUAUACAUCAAUCUGGACAAGGAGAUCUUGCUGAGAAAAGAGCUACUUGACAAAAUUGAAAAAGAAACACUACAAGUAGAGGAGGACCGGGCCAAAGCCGAGGCAGUGAACAAGAGGCUCCGGAAGCAGCUGGCUGAGUUCCGGGUGCCACAGGUGAUGACUUACGUCCGGGAGAAGAUCUUAAAUGGGGACUUGGAGAAGAGCAUCAAGAUGUGGGAAAGGAAAGUGGAGAUAGCAGAGAUGUCCUUAAAAGGCUACCGUAAGGCUUGGAAUAGAAUGAAAAUAACCAAUGAGCAGUUGCAGGCAGAUUACCUUGCUGGGAAGUAGCCAGAGGCAGGCCACGGCUUACAGAGCACAACAUGACCUAUUAAAGUAAUCAGCUCCUUUCUAGUCACCGGCUCCUCUCACUGUUCCCUGUCUGCCUGGUGUUCCCACCCCCCCAGCCAGGCUGAGCAUCACCUCCUGGGCCACAUCUGCCCAUGGGGAGUGUUUUCACAGCCUGGCCCCUGGAACUGUUACCACUGAAAGAACCACAGGGCACUCUAAUGGUUUGACACUUGUUAGCCAGCAUUUAGUUCACAAGCAUAAUGAAAGUGAUCUUCCCACACCCGGGAGAGGAAUAGAGGAGGGAGAGCCAGCCCAGUGUGUGCUGUGGGCUUAUCUAUGGCAGCCCUGGUGUGCAACUAUUAAAAACAGACACCAAAACAGCAUGGUGAAUGCCUGGCACUCAGCAUUCUGAGCUUACUCUUCAGUUUGGUGGCGUGGCUCCAGACUAGAUACUGCUGCAAAAGAAAACAAGCAUGAAGGAAACCAAGAUGAUUUCUUCAUGCUGAUGCAACCUUUUCUGACCUGCAGAAAUCCUAUCUUCCCCCACCUCCCCACCAUAAUAGUCAUAGUAUAAGGGUUGUACCGAUGCCUCAGGAGACCGGCCUGAUUCCUUUACACCCUUCUCCCUAACAUCUAGAUCAUCUCUAGAGCUGUUUACUAGUCGUGAAUGCGUGAUGGUCCUUCCUUGUCCCUGCAAGUAUGAUCCAACAUGGCCCAGUUCAGAAUCAGAACUCUGUGUCAUGGCAGCAUUUGGUCCAUGGUGGGACAAAGAAAUCAACUUUUCCCAGUGGUGGAGUGAGGACAGGGGAGGGCCGGCCCUCUCAGCCUUGGAUGUGAUCCAUUUGCUGUAGUCUUCCACCUUGGUGUACAGAAACAAGCCAGGGCACGUCUCACCACCGAAGUUCAGCACUCCUCUCAGCACCCACAGAUUGAACUGCUGUAGCUGGCACAUCAUUGGGCUUCCUGGGUCCCCCUGUGACAAAAGACAGAAGGCUUCAAGUCUUAGAAAAACGUGUUUUUGUUGUAAAUCUAUCCUUGUGCAAUAUACUGUUUGUUCUAGAAAUGUUUUACGCUGGUUCUCACUGGAAAUGGGGCAAAUUAUAGGAUACGAUUUCAAAUCUAGGCAGCCACCACCACAAAUUCCAGGAAGAUGACUUUUCCUUUUAUUAUGCAAAUUAGCUGUGGACUUCUACUGAUUGCCUAUAGCUUCCUGGUUCAUAUUUCAUUUUCUUGCCCCUUUCCAGUCCUUUGGCCAAACCUUCCCUCUCUUGUGGCUUCUCAUUCCUGAAAUGUUGGUGUUUGUUUCCGUUCUGUCCUGAAAUGCUCACAUUUUCCCUUCUCUCUGCCUUGCUUCAACGCUUAGUUUAAGCCACUUCCUGCCACCUGGCAGCUGCUCACCAGCCUGGCUGGCUGUACUCUUGGUCUUCCCCACUCCCAAGGGAGCAGUCCUCUGGGACUCGGGAAUUCUGCCACAUACACUUUACCUAAGGUGAGGGCGUAGAAGCUUGGCAUCAUUAGCUAGAUAUGGGACCCUGGCAAGUGACCAAAUCCUCUCUGAGCCAAAGUGGGAACACAGUUAAUGCCUGUAACACAUGCUGAGCACAGCACAGUGCCUGGCACACAGCACGCACUCAAUAGAAUAUUAGCUACCAUCAUCUUGAUGUCUCUAUAAAGGCCAUCAUUUUUCUGAAAAGUUGGGGAAAACGGGAAAAGCAACAAGGCAACUACUAGGCAUCAUUUACCUUACCUGCCCUGACCCCACACCCCUAGGUCUCCUCUCAAAGGAAUUCCUAUCCCUCCUGUGGCCCAUCUUUGUCCAAGAAGGCGGUGGUCAUCCCCAGGCUAGCCAGCCACCUCUGACCUGUGUGGCCUGCCUGGCUGGAAGGCCCAGGCAAUGACAUGUUGCUCUCGCGGUUUGGACUGAGAUACAGAAUGGGGCUGCAAUUAACAACAGGAAACAAUCUGAACAGACUCAACCACGAGCAGCAGGAAGGCAAAAGAGCAGCCGCCUCAGCCCCUACCAUCCG